GUUGACUUGAGGGAGGAUUUCGUCGCUACUUUAGCAUUCAACAACAUCCAAACGGAACGCCGGAGAGGGACCGACCUGGUUCGGCCGGUUGCAUCCAGCGAGUGAACGCACAUCAUGGAAGUGGAAGAAACACUGGAAGAAUGUUUUCGCAGCCCACUUUUCCACCUGGGAUUUUCGCGUGACUCUGUCAGAAUACAACGGGAUUGCUUAGUUGAGAAGGGGCUCAAUUCCACGCAUCAUUUGCUCAUUCUCAUUCUCAAGGAUUAUCCUUCAAAGUAAUCAGCGCAUGGAUGAAGCAACGUGACCAAAUCCAUGUUUCAUAUCUCUUCCCCUAUCAUACCACAUAAGAACUUGUGGACAUUUGGUUACUUUUUUCUUUUUUAAAAUUUGAUCCCAGCGGCACACAAGUGGGACUUCAGUUUUCAUGAGCAGCCAAUGGAGGACGAGAAGGUGGCGGGGGAACUUCAAACAGGAUCCAGCCCGAUUCUCCCGCCGUCUUCUCCGGGAAGCGAGGGGAAACUGGAUGGCAUGGAGCCCCCGGACGUCCCCUCCCGGCUGCAGCACGCUGGGAAAUGUCACAUUGUUGCCGCUUCCUGUCAGUCGGCUGCGCUGAGCAGCAGUGACGAAGAGAAGGAGGAGUUGGAGGUGCAAGUCAGGUUGGAGAUCCACAGCCCACCGGUGGACGCACCGGUCCAGCUCCAGGAAGACGGAGAAGAGAAAAAAAACCCACCUCCUUGUUCUCCUGCCAUUCUAGCGGAUAACUCUAAUUGGAGUAAAACCAACCCCGUCACACCUCCUCCUCCACCUGUGCUCUCCUGCUCCACCUCACCCCCGAGCCCUCAAACGCCUCCCCCCGUCCUCACGUCUAGACACUGGGCGCCCCCAAAGGGGUUCUGGAGGGUGGCCCGGCCGGAGACAUUGCUUCUCAACGGCCUGGACCCCCAUAACGCCCCCGUCGCUUUACCCUGCAAGGACUACGCUCAAGGGGAGGACAAAACAGGAGUCCUCGGAGGCGAUGGCACCGAGGCGGCCUCAGAGAUGGGUAGGCGAGUCGGGGUGUGCGCAUCUCUGCAAGGUGGGGGCCACUCUGCUGAUGUGAAGGAGAAAGUGAGGCAAAGAGACAUCCACACCGAACCGAAAGAAAGACAGCAAAACUGCAGCGAGGCUCAUUAUGGAGAUGCAACAGGCACCGAUGAUUAUGAAGAUGAGGGUGUCCAUGGCGGUUCAGAAGACGCAAUCAUUCUUCAGGAGCUCGAGCCCUAUUUGAGAUCGCUCUUGGUAAUCAAUGAUGAUGAACUCCCUCUGAGCCCAAGACACGAGCAAGCCAAGCGUCUCCUGGAGCGAGCCCGGCUCAAGGCUCGCUCCAACCAUGUUAAAGGCGACCGCCCCAGCAGACGCUCACAUUCUGAUCACAGAUCCUCUGCUAAGAAGCAGGAAGUCGAGGCUCACAACCCAGUACCGGUCCAGAAAGCUGUUAAAGCUAAAGAGGAUCACGUAGCUCAAAGUGCAGCUGGUCCCCUCCUUGUUCCCGAUCAAGGAGACACAUCCCCUGAGGAUCAGGCCGGUCGAUCCAGACGGUACGGUUGCUCACCUACUCGGGUACGCUUUGAGGAUGAAUCGGAGAGAGAAGCAGAGUCUCGGUACUUGGAUAGGGUGCGACAGCGUGGACGACCUGCUGUGCCCAAAUCUAAAAACAAGGACAGCAAUACGGAUUCCAGCAGUAGUGGUUCAGAGAGGAAGAGUCACAGGAGUGUCUCGAUGGCUCCUCUACUGAAGCCAGACAUGGGUGUCAAUGCUGAAAUCACGACAGUGAUCAGAGAGAUUAUCGUUCUGGUGAAGAAAUGCGAGGCAUGCGGUUCUGUUGUGAGGGAACCUCAGCCGGUCUCCUCACUAGCAGAUCAACAGAUCAUCGAGUCACAACCAAUUGGAAACCAAGAGGACACGAGGGGCAGAACGGUUCCUUGUUGGGUGCCUCCGACUAAACCAGAAGUCAGCACCCGUCCAAAAGCUCCUCUGACGGUUACAUUUGCGGGAGCCUUCGUUUUGGGGGAGAAUAAAGAAAGCCGCACAGGUUGGAAAACAUCGGGGUUUGGGAAGCUCAGGAGAAGGAGUCGGAAAGGCGAGAGUCGACUGGAGUCUGGAAAUGGUCCUUACGGUCCAUCCUGGGCUCAGAGGCGAAACUCCAACCCCAGGAACAGAGUGAACUUGAGCAGGGCAGUUUCCUUCGCACCAGACAGCCCCGUGAUGCUAGAGCCACGUUUGCUGGGUGCCCCCGGUGGGGUGAGGGAAGCGCCCACCCUGCCUAUCAAGUCUGCUCUCAAGUCAAGUUCCAGGAACCGGUCUGCCGUGGCUCAGUCGACCGUGCAGUUCCAGAUUGCGUCCAGCCAAGCAGGUGACGGCGGGCCUCAAAAUCUGGCCUUCGAUUGUCCAGAGGCGAGAAGGGAGCCGCCGGCGUCUGUUGCGCAAGGAGCUACAGCGACAAACAACCCAGCGGCAUGCAUCAGGCCCUCCACGCUGAGGUACUCCCCUGCCCGACUCAACCCAGACAUGCCAGCUGCUGAUGUCUGGGAUGCCAGUCUAGAUGGAACGGCGAGUGCAGACACCGGUUCCGGGUCAGAGUUCCACCCCGCCAUCCGGACACUGGCCUUGUCUCGGGCUGAGGAUCUUAGAGCUGAGCUGUUGAGAGCCGAGCAUCUGAAAGCUGAGGCGGGAUGGGAGGACAGCUCAGAUGGGUCCAGGAAGCCGGACGGCCGGCCGAAGCUUUUCUUGCGUCGCUUCUUUUCCUCCAUCGGCCUGAACAGCGUCGGCAGACUGGUGAAGGGAGGCCGCUCCAGUAGCAUGGAACAGCUCAGCCUUCCCGCCAGCAGGUCCAACACCGCGUCCCCGAGCCCCACGCACCGACUGCAUCCCGCCAUCCGCAUACAGAGGACGCCCUCGCUGCAGACCCUGCAUACAGCGCUGCCGCUGGCCCAACUGCGUAAAGCCUCCUCUGUGCAGAGUUUAGAGAGGAGAACGGAGCGCACUACCAUCCUGGGUGAGGUGCAGAUACCUUACGGCCUAGCGCCGAGCCCAGACAGCCCCCGACUGGAGCUCCAUCGGACCCUGAGUGUUGAAGACAUCCUCCCCUCCAGAGUGGUUCGACCGGCGGGGAGGGUCUCUCAGGCUUUCCCUGAUGGGUCUCUUCUCCUGGAGCUCAUCAGACCACCCAACGGUCCCUUCGGUUUUGUCAUCUCACGGGGAAAAGGCAGACCGGACACAGGUGUUUACGUAGAGAAAGUGGGCGACGGAACCGGUGAAGUUCCCUACGUGGGCCUCCUGGGCGUGGGCGAUGAGAUUCUGCAGGUGAACAGAGAAGUGGUGGCGGGGCUCAGUCUGGACCAGGUGACCCGGCUCAUGACCCGGGAAAGCGUCGCAUCCCUUCGGAUCAUGCCGGCCCGGCGCAGCCCGCGCUGAACGGGGCUUGGGGGGGGACAACGACUGGCCAAAAUGGACUGAAUGUUGAAAUGUGUUGAGGAGCUUCAUUUUGACAAAAGUAGGGCUUUUUGGUGUGGCGCAGGGCUUGGCCGAAUAGCAGGGAUUCACUGUACAGGAUGGACAAUACAAUACAAAUAUUCAAUUGGCCGAAUAGCAGGGAUUCACUGUACAGGAUGGACAACACAAUAUAAAUAUUCAAGUCCAGCACUUAUAUUUUUGUACUCUUAUCAUGAUAAUUAUACUCUAAUAGGGGGUUCCUCUUUUUCCCCCUAAAUAAGAGCCGACUAAACUAUGAACUGCAAAUCAAUCAUAAACAGCAAUGCAAACAGCAUGUGUUGGCCGCCUCUUUAGCAAGCGCGAGCACGCUGCCACACUUUUAUUUAUAGUUAUCUAUUGUUUCAAAUGUCACCAGAUGCUAGACCGUUUAAGGACUGGCAAAAGGGGGAAGAAGUGAAAAGACUUUAAUGAACCUACCAGUCACAGUUUUGGAAUGCGAGUGGAAAGUACCCAGAGAAAACCCACGCCGGCGUGAGCGCACGCACAACUGCACACGGGUGAAAUCGAACCCGCGAAUUUCUACAGUGUAGAAACGGGAGGCGGUGGUGUCAAACUGGAUGCCCGGGGGCCAGAUGUGGCCCGCCACAUGAUUUUAUGUGGCCCACGGAGGAAAAUCAUGGGCCAACUGCCAUGAUUCUUGGGAAAAUCUGUCACAUUUCAAAUUAUGUCAGAAAUGAUAAUGCUGAGAUAUUACAAACAUCCAUCCAUCCAUUACCGCUUUUCUGGGUCGGGUCACAGGGGAAGUAGCUUCAGCAGGGAUACCCAGACUUCCCUUUCCCCAACCACUUCUUCCAGCUCUUCCGGAGGGAUCCCGAGACGUUCGCAAGCCAGCCGAGAGACAUAGUCUCUCCAAGCGAGCAGAUGCCCCAGCCACCUCAUCAGGCUCUCAAUGCGGAGUAGCAGCUCGAUACUGAGCCCCUCCCGGAUGACCGAGCUUCUCACCCUAUCUCUAAGGGAGAGCCCGGACACCCUGCGGAGGAAACCCAUUUCGGCCGCCUGUAUCCGGGAUCUUAUUCUUUCGGUCACGGCCCACAGCUCAUGCCCAUAGGUGAGGGUUGGAAACAUUACAUUACAAACGUUUUUGUGUUAAUAAACAUGAAAAAUGGGAGAGACGACACAUUCUGUUCCAUUUCAUCAACUCAACUCGAAGCCCCCCCCGAAACACUGCAAUGGAUUAGGAAUCGCCUAAUAUGGCCCCCCACUACCUAAUUGUAAUGUUUUUAAUCAUUUCAGUAUUUUUUUUUUUUGGGGUAUUUAGACCAUGUCAUUAGAUUUGAGUGCUGCUAGUUACACGUUUAUCCAUAUAUGUCAAUUAUUUAAUAAAACAUCUUUGCUGAUA